GAGCAACUUAGGAGCAAAUACAGCAAAUUUAGGAGUACUUUACGUUUGGUUAUGGUCAUCGACUGCAAACAUGAAUGCGCCAGUCGUAAGGGAAAGGACAGCGUAUACUGCGUUUGCAACGCUACCUAUUGCGAUGACCUAGAUCCUAUUACCAAACAACCCGUUGGUAAUAUUUUGUCCUAUCAGACGAGUCAAAGUGGGGACCGAUUCAAAGAAUCACAGUUAAAGUUUACCAAACAAAUUGACCAUGAUAACGCUGAUCGGGUG